AUGGAUACAUUAAAAAUUCGAUUAAUUAAGGAGUAUGAGUACUGUCGUUGCAGCAAAGCGGCACAAGUGGCACGCAACAUCAACGACGUUUACGGAGCGAACACUACAAACGAACGCACCACCCGGUAUUGGUUUACUCACUUGCGUUCAGGAAAUUUUGACCUGAAAAGUGAACCCCGUGUUCGACCGAAAACUUUGGUCAACAAUGACGAAAUAAAUGAAAAUCAAUCUACGGCUGAAUUAGCAGCAGCUUUCUACGUUAGCACCAAAACAAUAUUGUUGGGUGAGCUUGAUCGUUUAUUUUCCCGAAGAUCUAGUAAAGAGCCUCAAGGAACCCCCAACUGUUCCCGUAAUAAAAUUCGUUUAUUACGAGAAAACUCACGUAAACCGAUGAGAGAAUACGUAGAGGAAAAUGAGAAAAAUGAUCCGCUCAUACAUGCCCCAGACAAGAAAAACAACCCUUGGGCUGAGAAAGGAAAAUGCAUCAUCAUGUAAUCAUAAUGUUAUAAUGUAUAAAAAAUAUCACCAAAUUCUAAAUCAUACGAAACAGUUUAGACAGUUAUGGAUGAACUAACGCUUGUCUGGUAAACAUCAUAGAGGAUUAACAGUUCUGGAGAAUGAAGAUAGCACCAUCAUAGAAGUGUCAAACGAGAUAUGUAGACACAAAUAAACAGAAACUGCCAGACAAUAUGAAGAACAUAGCGUUGUAGUACUGCCGAUUCCGUUAUACUUUAAUAUAGGAGUCAAAACUUCGGUUGGGUUUAGUCCGUUGCUUUAUUUAGUUUCUUUGUUUCCAAACAAACAAUUCUAGUCCUUGUAAUUCUAUAACAUUGUAAAGGAUUGUACAUUUUGACUGUGCGCGACGCAAGAGAGUACUUAUGAAUGUUAUGUUAAAAAAAGUUAAAAUGGUUGUAAAUACGUUAAAUUUUGUAUUUCUAGUAAUAGAAUGUUCGGACACGAAUCUAUCGGUAGAGAUAAACGGGAAAGUAAAUAAAUAGUGAGCGCGAUAAAAUGUAAUGAAGCAAUGUAAAUUUAAACAAUUUUACAACCUGUCUACAGAGUUUAUUUUGUUUUGUUUCUACUAAAUAGAGUAGUACCAUGAAAAUUGUUAUGAAGCUAAUAUUAUUUUCUAUUUUAUUCCAAAUAAAUUGGUAAAACUUAAAAGAACCCAUGCAGUUCCAUACAAAGCAAAGCAACUUCCUCUUCCAUUUUUGUAUGGAGUUGAUAUGGAUUCGUCCACGAAUCCAUCGUAAUGAGCUAAAUCAAAUUCUGCUAUUACGAUCGGUUCGAAUUAUUAUGGUUUCAUUAAUUCUUUAACAACGUGUAAGAGAUCAGUUUUGCCAUCAACAUUUAGAAAUUAAAAAGCGUAUAAUAAAUGUGAAGAUUCUUCGAGCUCAAGAAUCUUUGUAUUUAAACGAAUAUAUAAUUAAACUAUAGGGUUAAAUCGCAAAUCACAACUUAACAUCUAUUUGCUUAGUCACGGAACGUGAGGAUAUUGUUGAGGGUUCAUAUAUUGGCAAUAAAGGGAGCUGGAUGUAGGUAAAGAAUGAUGGUGUUAAAUUAGUUCUCAGAGAAUAAAUAUAAGGUAACUUGAACGAUUAAGAUAUGAAGUAACAUAAUCUUGUUCAAAACCAAAGUUAUUGUUAAGAUUAUUUAGGAUAAUUUUUUAUAAACACAGGUACAUUCCGCAGUGCCAUUAACUAGUAAAGCUUCUAUAAAAUAUCUCUUAGCGAUCUUCUGUACAGCAGUUUUUAAUAUUUGUACUACUCUGCUUCGAUACCCUCUUCGUCUCUAUAUAUUAUUUAUGAUGUAGCUGCCUCUUGAAGUACUUCUUCUAAAUUCAAUUUAUGUUUCUUCCUCGACCGACACUAAACAUUAAAAAUAAUUUAAAAAAACCUAUCACAUUUAAAUCUAGCACUUGAUUAGCUUAGUGUAAUUCAAAAUUAAAUUGAAAAAAAAAUACCUAAGUCAUUCAAAGUUUACUUAUUAAAGCAAACUAUUGUAGUUUCCAAAUAAACUUCUUCUAAAUUAUAUCUAAGAAUUCUGGGAUUGGAAUUCUCCAACUUUUCUUGAUUGAAUCGAAUCGGUCUGUGAAUUUCAUUCAACUGGGAAAAGUUCAAGGAAUCCAGACCUGAGUAGCGCUAUUAAUCUAACAUUCCAUUUAAAAGGAUUGCCUUUAAUCCUAAUUUUGAUUAAAAUAGUAAAUAAACUAUUGCACUGUAGAUAAUUAGAGAUUAAAAUAAAAACUAACUUUAAACUUAAAAAUUUCUAAAUCUUAAUAUACCUUCCCCCCUUACCAUAUCUAGACAUGAAGUAUGGAGAAUCAUUCUGGCUGUGAAUACUUCCACUUUAUUUAGAUGCUUCUAUCAUUGUCGUUAGUGUCGAGACAUAGUUUUCUUUAUAUCGACGAUAUAAUAAUGCUAAAACCGACAAUAAAUUCAACAUUUCAAAUAUUGCUAACAUAAAAACACUUAGAGCUUUCGCUGUAGAAUCAUAUGCAUCACUUCUGAAUCAAAGAGGAACUUAUGUCAAUUCCUUAUACGUACUUUUAUUAGUUAAAUCUUCAAUAUAUUUAUAAUAAACUACAUCUUCAUCUGAUCUUUCCACUAUAUUAUUAGUUCCAUCGUCAUUUUCUUAACCACGAUAAGUUUAACAUUAUAUACUAUCCUUUAUUAGCGAUAAAUAGUUUUAAAACUAGAAAUUUAGCAAUUAAUCGGUAGUAUAAUUUAUAAAUAAGGAACAAGAAUCAAAGUUGUUUGUUAAUCUGUAUGAUAAAAUUUGCAAUUCAGAGAAUUAACCUUAGAUAAUAUAAAAAAUGAAAUGUAAUUGCUUAUUUAUAAAACGGUAGUUGGUUAAAUUUAGAAACGUGGCGUUUGUUGAGAUGGCAAACCUGUUCUCAUUGUUCAUAAUAUUUUAUUUAUUUAGUAUAACAAUUUUCAUGGUAGCACUUGACAAAUGUAUUUAUUUUAUUACCAUUUAGUUUAUAUUUAUUCCGUUUUUAUGCUAAGUUCUUUAACCAAAGAUUAACCUUCGAAACCAAUUAUUGUAUUCAUGAAAUUAUUUCAAAAUGGCGGUCAAAUAAAAUAGAGUUUUUGACGUAAUAAAAAUCUUAGCGUUUAGUGUGGAGAACUCCGUUUUAUCUGACCAUCUUGUUUUACAUUAAUAUAUAAGGUUUAAACAUAAACGGUAAUUUUUAAUGGAUUAAUCCAAAAUUUAAUAAGUAGCUAAGGGUGAUGAUAUUGGAAAAGAUUUUUUAGAAUCAAUUAGGUUUAAGAUAUCGUAUGUUAUUAUAAUUAUGUAUUCAGUAAUCACUGAAAUAAAUGAAAAUCUGU